UUACCCUCCCUCCGGCCUUGUCUGCCAACCACGAAUCUAUAUACGUGGCCUCUCCUCCGCGUUCCCUUCGACCACUUUUGUACCUUUUUCCCUCCUUAUAUCACCGCGUGUUAUGGUACCAAGCUCCCUGAGAUUUGCGAGAUCUGUUCUACACCCUCUAGCGAGUGUUCAAGUGCGUAAGAUGAGUGCGGGCGUCGAGAGAGUGGAAAUCGUGCGUCUGCAGAACGUCUGUGUCGUGAAGCCGCUGCCUGUGUGUCGUGGCAGUGGCCUUUCGCGUGAUCAAAUCGCCGCCAAUUUUAAACCGAGUGAAUUUUCGCGUAGGUUGAAUCCCCGGCUGGAGAAGGACAUCGCCAAUCGAUGGAAGGUUAAAAUAGCCCAGAAUCCCCGGCUUUUCAAUAGGUCUAAAUUCCGUCGGGCCGGAUGGGUGAUCAGCGACGGCAGAUUAGUAAUUAAAAUUGGCCUGACGAAUUAUAAAGAUCUGUGCGGGACGAACUUUGCCGAGAACUGUGGCUCGCUUUUGGAACUGGGUGAGAGGGAGCUUGGCAAUCCUCAAGCUUAUAUGUCGGACGCUUUAGGCGUGGGAGUUCUUCUACUGACGAAGGACAAGUAUUUGGUGGUGGCGCGUCGGGCUGAGUGGCUGGUCGAGUAUCCCAACUUCCUUGACCGGGCGGGAGGCCAUCCUGAACCCGAUCACGUCUUUACGCCCGACGGGUCACUCAAGCCAGGGAUGGAAACAGACAGUGUCAACGAGGCUGUUAUGAAUGAGAUCUGGGACUCGGCCAUCAAGGAGGCUGAGGACGAGCUAGGACUCAGCAGAGACCAGCUGGAGGAUUUCAGUUGCUUGGGACUCACGGCUAACACAGAGGAAGCAGGGAGGCCGUCGGUGGAGUUUUUCGCACGGUUAAGCCUCACAGCAUCCGAGGUCAAGGAGCUGCACGCCUCAGGAACCCAGGUCGAAGCUGACGAACUGACGAGCCUCUGCAUGUUGCCCUUGGGUCGAGUUGGGGCGCUGGUUGACCUCCUGCUCAGGGAAAAGUCAGACCACUCAGAAUCCGCCAGCAGUGACGUCACGGACCAAGAGGAAUCCCGAGCUAUGUUAAAGGAAAUGACGUCAGCACUGAAAGGCGCUCUCCUAUUGGCUCAUCACCACGAUAUGAUCCCUCUUGAAAGGUCAUGAAAGGUCAACUGAAUAUUAAAUGGAAAAUUCUCUUAAAUUCGUGAAAUAUUCGUUGGAGGUUAAAAUGGUGGUUGGUGUAAAUAAAUGGAUUAAAAUUCUUAGGUGUGUUUGAGGUGUAAAUGUUGGUUUGUUUUAUUAUUAUAAAAGACAACGUUAGAGAAGUUAUGAUAUUGGUGGUAUUAGUAAUAAUGAUAAUGAUAAUAAUGAUAAUAAUAAUGGUAAUAGUAAU